AUGAACAACUACCCGGCAGACCCUCUAAAAACCCUCAUUGACUCAGGAGCCACAUCAAACUUCAUCUCUCCCUCGAUCGUGGAAAAAUAUAAAAUCCCAAAAACCCAACUUGAAAAUCCACAAGUUGUGAGAAUGUUAGAUGGUACUAUCUCCCAGACUGGUUGCAUUUGGCACCAGGUACAACUUGCGGUCUCGGCCAAUGGCCACCCCCACACUAUCCCAUUUCUUGUUUGCCCCAUUGGCAACACCCCAGCAAUCUUAGGCAUGACAUGGUUAACGGCAGAAGCCCCUCUUAUUGAUUGGCAACAGGGACUAGUCACAUUCCCUGAACAAGUUCAGAUUGCCUCCGAGGAAGAAGCAGACUCAGACCCAUUGGUAGACCUUCCUCCCCAGUACCACGAGUUUGCUAAAGUCUUUGGUGAGGAAGAAUUUAAGGUCCUCCCUCCACAUAGGGAGUACGACAUCUCCAUAGACCUUAUUCCAGAUGCCAAACUAACCCCUGGUCCCAUAUACGGCAUGACUGAUGCGGAAUCUAAAGCACUCAAACAACACAUUGACAAGGAAUUAGCCACAGGCAAGAUCCGCCCUAGUACCUCCUCAACAGGCGCCCCGGUCAUGUUUGUGAAGAAGGCAGAUGGAUCUCUUAGGCUGGUUGUGGAUUACCAAAAACUCAAUGAUGCAACCCACAAAAACGUAUACCCGCUCCCAAGACAGGAUGACCUCAUGGCAAAGUUAAGGCAUGCCAAGAUAUUUACAAAGCUCGACUUACGCUGGGGCUACAAUAAUGUCAGGGUCAAGGAAGGAGAUGAGUGGAAAACAGCGUUUAGAACUAAAUACGGGCUGUUUGAGUAUCUAGUCAUGCCUUUUGGCCUCACCAACGCCCCAGCCGCCUUCCAGCACUUUAUGAACAAUCUAUUCAGGGACCUGAUUGACGUAACCGUGGUUAUCUAUCUAGACAACAUCCUCAUCUUCUCUGAAAAACCAGAAGACCACCCAGCUCAUCUGUCCAAGUGCCAUUUUCACGUCAAUACGGUAGAUUACUUGGGUAUUGUCAUAUCACCUGCCGGCUUCUCCAUGGACCAGAAAAAGAUUGAGGCAGUCACGUCAUGGCCACAACCCAAGACAGUUAAACAAGUUCAAGCUUUUCUAGGGUUCGUAAAUUACCUCCGCAGAUUCAUCCCCAACUUUAGCUCUGUCGCGCGCCCCCUGCAUAAUCUCACCAAAAAAGAAACCCCUUGGUCAUGGGGUAACCUAGAAGAGGCCGCAUUCCAGGAACUAAAGCUUCUUGUCACCCAAUCACCAGUCCUUGUCCAUUCCAACCCGGAUCUACCCUAUUACCUUGAAACAGACGCAUCAGGAGUAGCAAUGGGAGCCAUACUCAGUCAACGAGGUCUAGACAAUCGGCUUCAUCCAGUAGCAUACAUGUCCAAAUCCUUCUCCGGCGCUGAAGCUAAUUAUGACACACACAACAAGGAGUUAUUGGCAAUCAUUAAAGCACUGGAGGAAUGGCGAAUCUUCUUAGAAGCAACGGAUAGACCCAUUCAGGUGUUCACUGACCAUUGGAACCUGGAGUACUGGAUGCAGGCACGAACCUUCAAUUGUAGACACGCCCAGUGGCGCACCUUCCUGAGCAAUUUCAAUUUUGAGAUCCAUUACCGCCCGGGAAAACAGUCAGGGAAGCCAGAUGCCCUAUCCAGAAGAUCGGACUACACGGAUGAACCAAGAAAACCGGAGGUCAUGCUCCCAGCAGAAGUGUUUGCAAAUACGUCGGAAGAGGAACUUGAUAUUGUCACAGAAAUACGUUCCAGGUUAAGGGAAGACCCUUCCCUGGACCAGAUCAUCCAAUUCCUGACAGAAGAUGCAGAUAAUGCGCCUCCCUCCAUCCGAAAGGCCUAUCGGGAUUAUGACUGGGAGGAAGAUCUCCUAUGGUAUCGCGGAAAAUUGGUAGUACCGGACUUUGAACCUCUGAAGGAUCGGUUACUUAAGGAAUUCCAUGACUCCCCGCUAGCGGGCCAUCCAGGGCAACAGAGAACCUUGGAACUCCUCAGUCAAAACUACUGGUGGCCAGGCAUGAAGUCAUCAGCCAAGGAAUGGGUAGAGUGCUGUCCCACCUGCCAAGCCAAUCAACGCGCUCACAACCCGGUCAUCUCCCUAAAACCCCUAGAAGUCCCACCAUUUCCCUUCCACACCAUCUCUUACAAUUUCAUUACGGGGUUCCCCAGAUCAAACGGACACGAUGCAAUCCUAGUGGUCAUUGAUUCUUUUUCUAAGUUUGGGCACUUCAUUCCAACCUCAAAGAAGGUCACAGCCAAGGGUCUGGCGGAUCUAUUUGUCAGUCACGUAUGGAAGCUGCACGGGUUACCAAUCAAAACCAUCUUGGAUAGAGGCACCACUUUUACAGGAAAAUUCCUUAGGGCUCUCUACCAAAGGUUGGGAAUCAAGCCAUUGUUUUCCUCAGCUUACCACCCGGAAUCAGACGGUCAAACAGAGAGGGUAAAUCAGUUCAUUGAAUUCUACCUUUGUUCCUACGUAGCCGCGGAUCACUCAGACUGGGCCACAUGGUUACCUUUGGCGGAAUACGCGUAUAACAACGCCAAACACGCGUCUACAGGAAAGACACCCUUUGAAUUGGUCUACGGAAAAAACCCAGUGAUGAAUCCCUCCAACGUACCGUCCAACGUACCAGAAGCGGACCAGCUAGCGGACACCCUGGCCAACGAAUGGAAGGAGGCCAAAUCCGCCCUCAGAAUGAGCAAGGAAAAAAUGAUCAGGGACAAAGGAACCACUCCCAAAUACUCAAUUGGCGAAAUGGUCUGGCUAGAUGGAAAAAACGUGGAACUCAGGUCCAAUUCCAAUAAACUGGACCCAAGGAGACUAGGCCCUUUUGAGGUCUUAGAAAAAAUUUCCAGUCACGCUUACCGUCUAAAGCUGCCGGAAACUCUGAAGAUCCACAAUGUAUUCUACGUAGGACUAUUAUCCAAAGUCCACAAAUCCCCUAGUCAACCGUUUCCAGAACAACCCCCUCCAGAAACAAUUGAAGGGGAAGAAGAGUACAAAGUGGAACAGAUCAUCGACUCCAAAAGGCAACGAGGGAAAUGGUUCUAUCUGAUCAAAUGGAAGGGUUACGGUCCAGAAGACAAUUCCUGGGAACCAGAAGAACUCCUGGAGCACAGCCAGGAAGAAAUUCAACGUUUCAACAAGUUGCGACUGAAAAAGGCUCGUGACUCCGCCAAGAGCCUUUAA